AUGGAUGGGAGGUCAAGGGAACAAGCAAUGAGUUGUCCACUGUCCCCUGGAUUGGAAGAAGAAGUGAGGAAGGAUUUGUACGUGGUGGUAAGUGAUAUCACAUUCUUCAGUGGGAUGUUCAAGAAUGUGGAAAGUGUGGCUGAAAUAUUUGACUGCCUGGGCCCCCAUUUCAGCUGGCUGCAGGCUGUCUUCACCAAUUUCCCUCUGCUGCUCCAAUUCGUGAACGGCAUGCAGUGUGUGGCUGGUCUUUGCCCGCGGGACUUCGAGGACUAUGGCUGUGCCUGCAGGUUUGAGAUGGAAGGACAGCCCGUGGAUGAAUCUGACAGCUGCUGCUUCCAGCAUCGCCGGUGCUAUGAGGAGGCUGCCGAGAGGGACUGUCUCCAAGACCCCGCCAAGCUCAGCGCAGACGUUGACUGUGUCAGCAAGAAGAUAACAUGUACGUCCACAAACCCAUGUGAGCACCUGCUGUGUACUUGUGACCAGGCUGCCAUAGAGUGCUUGGCUCGGUCCAGCAUUAACUUCUCCCUGAAUCUGCUGGAUCCCUCCCUCUGCCUGGAUCAGACUCCAGAGACAACCAGCCAGAAAGAGCUGGUGACACUGCUGCCUGGAGGGGUUCCUGCAGAACCCACGGACACCAUCCUAACAGUGCACUCAGGAGAAGCGGGCAGUGAGAUCAGAGCUGAGAGACCGACCACCCUUAUGAGGACAAAACCUAGGCAGGAUCUGGAAGGCCUGGAAGCUGCGAGGACCACACCCGCUCCAGGGUCUGCAGAGACUGAUACCACAGCUAAGGCUGUAACCCUUAUUCCUGCUGGCAGUAAUGCUUCAGGACUGGCGGUGUCAUCCACAGAAAGCAGUCCUGUGGAGACAACUGGCAGAGUCUGUGACAGAUCCACCUUUCUGCAUGUGGGAAGAGAGGAUGACACACACGUGAUGGUGCAGCUGGGAGAGAUGCUCUUCUGUCUGACAUCUCGGUGUCCAGAGGAGUUUGAAUCUUACGGAUGUUACUGCGGGCAAGAAGGGGGAGGAGAGCCAAAGGACGUCCUGGACAGGUGCUGUCUGUCCCAUCAUUGCUGCCUGGAGCAGGUGAGAAGGCUGGGCUGCCUGCCAGAGAGACGUCCUCGGUCCACAGUGCUGUGUGUGGACCGAACACCCAAGUGUGUGGGGCAGAGCCUGUGCGAGAAGCUGCUCUGUGCCUGUGACCAGACAGCGGCCGAGUGCAUGGCCUCUGCCUCCUUUAACCAAAGUCUGAAGUCACUAGAUGAACACCAGUGCCAGGGCAAGCAGAAGUCAUGUGAGGACAGCGUGCUGGGAGGGCGCUCAGUCUCUUCUGUUGGCUCCAGCUCCGAGGAGACCAGUGAGGAGGCCACAGAAGGCGUCAGAAGGCGCAGAUCUCUGAGACAGCAACUUGGUCCCUCGGUGGCCAGGCUGCCUCAUGGAAGUUAGAUGAACUUCCCACAGAGCAUGGCAAACACACCCUACAGUUCUGCUCUGCAGUCCUCUCUGUCCACUCAGAGACAGAGCAGGAGAUUGCCGGCCACACAAUUCUCGUUGUGCACUGGCACCAUGAGAAGGCAGAUGGCAGGUGCUUCUGCAUGUCCUGUGUGUACUAUGGCUGUCCAAUAAAAAACC